UCCCGGCGGUGACUGCAGAUCAGCAUUCACUGUGAAGCUCACAAGGUUUUCCCUCCUGUUCCUUCACCUUAUUUGAUCCUCAUCAGGAAUAAACUACCCUGGUCGAAGGUCCUGUCAGCAGCAGCAGCAGCAGUUUCUCCCCCUCUUCCUCCUCCUCCUCCUGCAGCCACCAUGAAAAUAGCAUCUUUUAACAUCCAGAAGUUUGGAAAAAGCAAAGUGUCAGACCCAGAUGUCCUGAAUAUCCUGAUUAAGAUCGUGUCUCGAUAUGACAUCAUUUUGAUCCUGGAGGUGGUGGACGUCAGCGGAGAGUCUGUAGAAACCUUCCUCACAAACCUCAACAAAUGCAACAGGACGCAUCACUACACUCUGAAGAUCAGCACCCGUCUGGGCCGAACGCGCUACAAGGAGCAGUUCAUGUUCCUGUACAGGGAUGACAUGGUUGACUUGGUGGGCUCCUAUCAGUUUGAUGACCUGGAGACUGAAGGAGGAGAUGUUUUCGCUAGAGACCCUUACAUCCUGCGAUUCAGAUGCCUCAAUACAGUGCUGAAAGACCUAGUGAUGAUCCCAGUUCACACCAAACCAGAGGACUCGGAGAAGGAGCUGGAUGAGCUCUACGAUGUCUUCCAGCACGUCAAGGAGAAGUGGAGGACUGAUAACGUGAUGAUCCUGGGCGACUUCAAUGCAGACGGCUUGUACGUCUCCAGAAAGGAAAUGAAGGACAUCCGUAUCCGUAGCGACACAAACUUCCACUGGCUAAUUGGAGAUGAUGUCGACACCACGGCGAGCAACCGAAACGACCACACAUACGACAGGAUCGUGGUUUACGGAGACGACAUGCUCCAGGCUGUGGUACCCAACUCUGCCAAACCCUUCAACUUCCAGAAGGAGUAUAGACUCAGUGAGGAGAAGGCUCUGAAAGUGAGCGACCAUUACCCUGUGGAGGUGGAACUCAAGUCCAUGAGUAAGAUAACACAUGAAGAGGAUGGUCUUGAUGAGCAGCAGCAUGAGUUGGACCCGCGGCGGCUUGUGGCUGUGGACGAGGAUCUGCUGGAGCUGAAGAGAGGAAACCUGCUGCUGGAGAGGGAGAAGCUCAGCCUGGAGAUCCAGAUCCUCCGGGCGAAGAUGGCCAAGCUGAAUCGUGGAGAUGAAGCUUAAAUUCAGGAGGCUGGAUCCAUCCCAAACACCCGACAGAACAAUAACCUAACAACCCACAUCGACAGAACCACUCUGUAUUGUUCAAUUUAACCGUCACACGCUGCAGAUGUUCUGGGUGUUCAUCAGCUACUGCAGAUGUUCUGGUGUUCACAGUGUGCUGCAGAUGUUCUGGUGUUCACCAGUGUGCUGCAGAUGUUCUGGUGUUCACCACUGUACCUCAAGCAUCAUCCUGGAUUGCUGCUCAUAUUUGAUUUCUGGAUGACUGCUCAUUUGACACUUGUCAGUUUUUUGACUUUUGACUGAAUCAAACUGUCCGUCUUGCUUCCUCCACACUGCGCGCAAGGUGAAAUAAAUUUUGAUAAAUGGCUCA